AGGAGACGGAAAUAGGCGCAUCUCUUGUUUUGCUUUCAUAUGCGAAAUAAAGUUGAAAUAACCACACACACAUAACCUAUUUUUCUCAAUUAGUUAUGUUUAUAAAUAUUUGACAAACGUACAAUAUCGACCGUUUGAUUUUCUUCACGAUAUGAUGUAGAAACAAUUGUGUGUUUUGCAAAAACAAAAAAAAGCCACGUACACAACAAUGCACCUUCAAGUUGCAUUUUAAUAACAACUUAUAUUUGACAUUAAUUAUUUAUUGUAAAAAAAAAAAAAAAUUUGCUCAGCCUUAAAAAUGACAACGGGUCAAAGUGGCCACGACAAUUCCCUCGCGAUUCGACAAGAAAUUCAACGUUUCGAAAGUGUUCAUCCAUCAAUUUAUGCGAUUUACGAUCUCAUUGAUCUAUUGACAGAUACACAUAUUGCCAAACAAAUUCGAGAGCAUGUUGUUGCUAUUGAAGAUUCAUUUGUAAAUAGCCAUGAAUGGACACUUGCAAGAGACGUGCCGGAAUUACAUUUAGGAAUAAUCGGUUCUUCCGAUUCAGGAAAAUCAGCAUUAGUACAUAGGUACUUAACAGGUUCAUUUAUGCAUGAAGAAUCUCCAGAAGGUGGUCGAUUUAAAAAAGAAAUUUUCAUUAACGAUCAAAGUUUUUUACUAUUGAUCAGAGACGAAGGUGGAGUUCCCGAAUCUCAGUUUUCUUCAUGGAUUGAUGCUGUACUAAUUGUCUUUAGUGUCGAGAGUGAAGAGAGUUUUUCUAUAGCAUGUAGCUAUUAUAAUCGAAUGUGUUCAUUUCGAAAUAUGGUUGACGUUCCGAAAAUUCUUGUCGGUGUACAAGAUUCAAUAAAUGAGAGCAAUCCGCGUGUCAUAAAAGAUGUGAGGCCGCGAAAACUUGCCUGCGAUUUGAGAUGUUCGUAUUAUGAGACGUGUGCGAUUUAUGGCCUAAAUGUUGAGCGAGUUUUUCAAGAUGUAUGUGAGAAGAUUAUCCAAAAAGUUUACACAAAACAGUCACGAUCGAAUGGACAGCAUAUGAUCGAAAGUGACUCAAAUUUUUGCUCGCCUGCGAAUGUAAAAAAUUUUCAGCUACCUGCCAAAGAAUUGAACACAAACAGUCCUAUUAAAAUUCAUAUAUCGGAAAAAAGUGAGGAAUUACGUCCUGAAGUGACACGGCACAAUCCACCGCAAAAUGAAUCGCCCGUUGCCAAUGAGAGUUUUCAAUAUGCACAAAAUUCUCACACGGAAUUUCGAUCUUCUAUUUUAACUCCAACAACGAUCAGAAAAUUUCGUAGAAAAUCGAAUUUAUUUACGCCAUCGAAAAAAGAAAAGUACAUGGGAGAAAUGGGUGUUGGACGUGAGAUUCCAGUGAAGCAAGGAUAUCUUUUUAAAAGAAGUAGUAAAUCAUUGAAAGAAUGGAAGAAAAAAUACGUAACUUUAUUGGAAGAUGGACGAUUAACUUAUCAUUCGAGUUUACAUGAUUACAUGGAAGAUUCCAAUGGCAAGGAGAUUCUUUUACAAUAUGUGACUGUUAAAGUACCAGGAAAAACUCCAAAAGGUUCCAAGGCAACGAGCAGUCAUGAAGACAGUUUUGAAUUUUCAAUAAUUUCAUUGGAAAAUAAAACAUGGCAUUUUGAAGCGAGCAGUAUUGAGGACAGGGACUGUUGGAUUGCAGCGAUUGAGCAGCAAAUUUUAUCUAGUUUACAAAACAGUGAUGCCGAUCGAAAAAACGAGACUGACGCCUUUAAAAUGCAUUGUAUUAAAAAUAAAGUCUCCGGUAAUGAUGCUUGUGUUGAUUGUGGAGCACCAAAUCCAGAUUGGGCAAGUUUAAAUCUUGGUGUUUUAAUGUGCAUCGAAUGCUCUGGAAUUCACAGGAAUUUAGGAUCUCAUAUAUCCAAAGUCAGAUCCCUAGAUCUGGACGAUUGGUCCGCCGGCCAAUUAAGUGUGAUGUUAGCGCUUGGAAAUGAUAUAGCCAACAGCGUUUGGGAGUUUUGUCUAAAUGGAAAGCAAAAACCAAAUACAGAAUCAACACGAGAGGAAAAAGAACAAUGGGCAAGAUGGAAAUAUGAGGAACGAUUGUUUUUACCUCCAAUGAAUCCAAAUAUUUCUCUUGGAAAACUUCUAAUCGACUCAGUUUGCAGGGGAGAUAUGACAGCAUUUACAUUGUGCCUAACUAGAUGUAAUUACGAGGACAUUAAUUCAUCCGUCAGUGCUGAAGAUUUAAGAACGCCUCUUCAUCUUGCUUGUGCAACUGGAAAUCUAGCAAUGGCUCAAUUAUUAAUUUGGCACAAAGCGAAUCCACAAAAUUUAGAUCACGAGGGUCGAACAUGCAUGUCGUAUGUGCGAGCUUUGGAACGAACAUUGGACAAUUCAUCGGAUUCAUUGGAGAUGCAGAAACUGUUGCAAGUUCUUGAACAGGCGAGUGUUUCUGGUAAUGAUGAUCCAGAAGUGAGCCAGUAUUAAAUAAUUAUUUCGGUAGUGUCUCAGGAAAUGCUAAGAAAAAAAAAUGAAUCUUUUUCAAAUAAUAUUCAAUCGUCAUUACUAUGUACUUACCGUGUGAUUAGUGCUUUUAUGGCUUUUAUACAAGAGACUUUUGUUUUUGAUUGUCAUGAAUUGUUUUUGUUUGUUUUUUUUUUUAGUUUUAAUUGCAAUUUUUUUUUUUUUUUUUUUUUAAUUAUAAUUAACUAUUCCAUUUCCUCAGAUUCGUUGAUUUACGACAUUACUCGAAUUGUAGAAGAUUGAUUAGUGAACCCUUUAGUUCGUUAAAGCAGAAAAUUUUAGCUCGAUGAUAAUCGUUAACGUCACUCGAUUCGCGGUUUCACGUCUCAUUCCUUUUAAAAAGAAACAAUUUAAAAAAAAAAAAUCUAACGACAAUGGAAACUCAUAGUCGAGUCGAGUGUAUGUUGUCAAUGACUGAGAAGUACAAAUCACUCAUAAAUCUAGUUAUAUUUAUACAUUUAAUGUAUUUAAAUCGUGCUUUUACAAUUUUCAUGUUUAUGAAAUAUAUCGUAUUGUCUCCUAAGA